AGGGAGGAGGUGGGUGUCCACAGUGCGCAUGUGUAGACGGUGUGUUCUGUGCUGCGGUGGACCGGGGACUGGACACACACUGCUGGAGAGAUGGCGCGGCACCCGACCGGAGCGCAAGGACAGCUGGUUGGCGGCGGGGGGGCUUGAAUUACAAAGAAAAUCCUAAAUAUGUUGUUCUGUUGUUUAUUUUUUUUAAACUGAGAAAAGAAUAAAGGAUUUUUUUAAAAAGGGAAUUCCCAUUUUGGAAACCAGCCGCUGAGGUAGGACAAAAAGACUCUAAUAUCAGAAGCGGGACAUAAACAGGAGACAAGCAACGGAGGCUGCAGCCAGGAGYAGGGCGAGGAAGCAACAAAAAGAAAAUUGAAGUUUACCGGACGUGAGGACUUUUGGGGCAUCCGUAGGUCAGAUAGAUGGUUGCUCCACAGCGCUGCCCGGAUCAUGAACGCGCAGCUGUCCAUGGAGAACAUAGGCGACCUGCACGGAGUGAGCCAUGAGUCGGUGGCCGCUCACGGAGAGCUGCUGAGCGGCCACAGUCCGCACUCGCGUCCGAGCCCGCGGACUCUGAGCCACCGCGCCAUGGGCAUGGCCACCCUGCUGGACGGAGGAGACUAUCACCACCCGGGACACCUGCACCCGGCCAUCAGCAUGUGCGAAGCCCCCCCGGGCAUGAGCGCGAGCACCACUUACACUACCCUAACCCCCCUGCAGCCCUUGCCCCCCAUCUCCACCGUCUCCGACAAGUUCCCCCCGCAUCAUCAUCAUCACCACCACCACCACCACCCGCACCAUCCGCACCCCCAUCCGCACCAGAGGAUCCCGGGAAAUGUCAGCGGCAGCUUCACGUUGAUGCGGGAGGACCGCAGUUUGGCGCCUAUGAACAGUCUGUAUCCCGCAUAUCACCACAAGGACCCCUGCAUGGGCCAGAGCCUCUCCCCGCUGUCCGGCUCGGGGCUGGCCAGCAUCCACACGUCCCAGGCCGGCAUCCCUCCGUACGCGCAUCCCGGCGCCGCCAUGCCCGGGGAGAAGAUGCUCACCCCCAGCGGCUUCGAGGCUCACCACCCGGCCAUGCUCGGCAGGCACACGGAGCAGCACAUGAGCUCCUCGGCGGGCAUGGUGCCAAUCAACGGACUCCACCACCACCCGCACGCGCACCUGGGCGCGCCGGGCCACGGCCAGGGGCUGGGGAACGGCCGGGAGCAGGCCUCCGGGCCCGGGCAGCAAGUGGGCGGCGGUGGAGGAGGAGCCGGAGGAGGAGGGGGUGUUUCUGGGGGACAGAUGGAGGAGGUGAAUACCAAAGAGGUGGCGCAGAGGAUCACCACGGAGCUGAAGCGCUACAGCAUCCCUCAGGCCAUCUUCGCCCAGCGGGUCCUGUGCCGGUCCCAGGGGACCCUGUCCGACUUGCUGAGGAACCCCAAGCCCUGGUCAAAGCUCAAGUCCGGCAGAGAGACGUUUCGGCGCAUGUGGAAGUGGCUGCAGGAGCCUGAGUUCCAGCGCAUGAGUGCGCUCAGGCUCGCAGGUGAGCGAAGCCUCGCCUGUAAGCGUAAGGAACAGGACCACGGCAGAAGCGAGCGGGGCAGUGUGACCAAGAAGCCCCGGCUGGUGUUCACGGACGUGCAGCGGCGGACGCUCCAUGCCAUCUUCAAGGAGAACAAGCGUCCAUCCAAAGAGCUGCAGCUCACCAUCGCCCAGCAGCUGGGCCUGGAGCUGGCCACAGUCAGCAACUUCUUUAUGAACGCACGCCGCCGGAGCCUGGAUAAGUGGGUGGACGACGGCUCCGGUCAUGCAACCAACUCCGGGCCCAGUGCCUGCACCAAAGCCUGACGUGGGACUGAAUCCGACCAACUCAUGGACUGACUCAACCUCGGUGGAAAAGCUUUAAAAACUUACAGAAAUCUUAGAGACCUCGAAGCAACGUUUUGCCCUUAAAAACCUGUACUAUAUUGAUAUUUAUAGUAUCCAAAGAUGAAAAGAGAACAAACCAAAGACUUCUCGUUUAACCUGCUUUAAAAUGUUCGUUUGAGCUACGUGUUUAUGUUUUACAUACUGCAAAAAGACUUUCACUUUCUUACACACACACACACACACACACACACACACACACACACACACACACACACUGUCACUGGUCUUUAGCUUUACUACUCCUCCCCUCACCUCCCCACUGUGUUUCAGUCUGUCAUUUGCCAUCUUUAUCUUUAAUCUGAUUGGUUGGUUUUAAUGAUGGGUCCCUAAACGGAGGUUUAAUCAGCCUGUUGGGAGUCUGAUCUGCAGCUGUCCAGAAAAAGAAUAGAAAAAAAAACAGGGAUGAAUGUGGAGUUCCAGUGGGAUUUGGUCAAUCAAAUAAAAAUCCUACAGGAGCGACUGGAUUGUUCUGAAACCUCGUUCGGAUCAGUGCAUGGACUUUGAUGUUUGUCUGUGUGUCUGUGCAGUUGUCUGUCUUUCUUUCAAGCAUUCCAGACAGACAGGACAGGAAAUGUCCAUGGGUGGACUGCUAACCAUGAAACCAAAAAAUAAUAAUAAUAACAAAAAAAAAAUCCUUACCAGGGCUAAACCAAAAACAAAACUCAGCCUCAGCUGAAGUGGUGCUUUCCUCCAACCUGCUGAACUCAUGUAAAACAGGAAACCAAAGCUUUCUGCAUUUUUCUGCAUUUUUAACCAGAGAAAGCAACUUUACCAAAGAAUAUACACCUCUUAUCCUCUUGUACCUCCACAGCUCAUGCAACGUUUGCAUCUUACUUACAUUUUGUUCCUUAUUGACAGGAAAGCCACAUGACCUACAAUUACAAGCUGUUUGCCUUAAGGUUCCUGAUUGAAGCAACGUAUUCCAUUCAGCUAGAAUCUCACAGCAGAUGCUUUGUGUGAGGCUGAAUCAUUGCAGAUGUUUAACUCAAAAUGCCAAACAGUUGGCAAAGAAAGAUAAAAUCGGUUCAGUGGUGUGUUUUCUCUGCAAAGCGCUCUGUCAGAGAGACAAAUUGCGUGUGUUUUUUUCUUUCAGGACACCUCUUUCAUAAGAAGGACUGAGUGUGUCUCUGUCGCCCCUGCAUGCCUCACGUGUCUUUGAUUUUUAUCUCCUCAUCAAAGACGUAGAGCCGAGGAGAUGAUACCAAUGAUCGAAUCACUUUCAGGCGCUUACGCAGCAAUGUCAACCCGUCACCUGAAUACGAAAGCAACCCAGCCGACUCCCCUCGCCCUCCCCUCCGCCCCCUUCUCCCGGUAAGCCGUACGUACUGCAGCGCUCGGAGGAAAGCACCACGCAGAUGCUGGAUGGCGUUGGCUAUAUUAAGCUGCACCCCACUUCUCCUCCACCCAUCCUCUCCUAGGCCAGGGUUAGCAGCUCCACAUUCGUUCCGACAAGCUUUGAAUGAGAGGCCGGGGGAAGCUGCUUCUUCAUCUCGGAGUGAAAAACCAAAAAAAAAUGACAAGAGACCAAAAAAAAAACCAGAAGUUUCAAACCUGCUGAUGUUUUUAGUGUGAACCAAAGAUGCUACCUCACUCAAGUUCCAUAUGUGAUUUCUAUCACUUUGAUGAUACCAAAGAUAACCAAAGAUUUUUUCUAAUUGCACGGCCUCUGUGAGUGGUGUUUAAAAGAUGCUAUGAUGUAUGUGUCCCCCCCUUUUCUUUACCCCACCCCCCCCUCUACUUCCUUCCUCCUCCUUCAAUCUGCAAUCAACCCACGCGCCCCUGCUACACAUUGCUCUUGCUUCAUCCUGAUUUCAGCUCUGUAUAGAUAGUCCUUGCUGAUGUAGCUGUAGGCAGAUGUGCCGCACUCGAGCAGCCGCACAGGUGCCUGCGGGUCCAGCUUGUACUGAUAUGAUCUUUGUUUGUGCCUGUUAAUCACAAAAAAAUUAUCCUUUCUGAUGAAAAGCCAAAGGGAAAAAAAAUAGGAAUAUUCUGACAUUAUGACAAGCCAAGAAUUUGUUGUGGUCGGUCCAGAACGGUUUACGUUGUUUUUUUUUUGUUUUUUUUUUUGUAGCUUUCCAUCCACGCGGCCCUGCCUCCUUGUGUGUUUUUGUAGUUUAUAGAUCGAACAAAGAAGUCAGACAUCGUCACACGACCGCGUAGGGCAGACAGCCAUGGGCAGAAUUCAACGAUAGGCAGACGUGUUCCUGAAAGUAGAAGCAGAUGUGUUGCAAUCUUUCUAAAAAAAAAUAAUACUCCCAGGACGAGUGCCUUGCUUGAACCAAAGUGUUAAACCGCCGUUGACCUCUCACCUUUGACUCUGUGAAUACCUCAGCCUGUAGAAGGGCCACAACUGAAGAAACAAGGAAUUUCUUUCUCUUCUUUUUCUUUUUUUUAAUGUUUAGCUUUGUUUAAAUCACAAUGUGGUGCUUUCGCCAGCUCAACCAUGCAAUGAAAAACAUACCAAAGGAUGUUCUGUUGUCCACUUCUACAGAUUAAACCAAAGGUCUUUGUUUUGAUUUUUCGUCCCUUUUUUUCUGUCCUCUCUCUCUCUCUCGUCCCGCUCCUUUGUCCUCCCCUCCCCUACACUUUCCUCCUCUCUCUGCCGCGUGUAGGAAGGUGCUGCACUCUGGCCGUGCAUGUCUUUACCAAUGUCUCUGAAUACCUCAUAGUAAUAAUUCCUUUGAGUUCUGCAUUGAGACGUCGUCUCUCUGCGGCGGAGCUCCACUUCUUUUGUUACUGUUGUUUCAAAAAAGCUGUAUUAUUACUAACUUUGAGGUGAUUUGUUGAUUCUUUUUAACUCUCAUUUURGGCAGAAGUGCUCUGUUCCAAGUCACGGAGGAUGAGUUUCAGGGUUGAUGUUCGAAACUUUAAGAGAUGGAGGGAGAAACGUAUUUUUAUUUUUUAUUUUUUAUCAGACACUGGGUAUUACUUUUACAGGGUAAAACCAACUGCUGUGAUGUUGUGUUCAUGAUUCCUCUUUUACCUACGUCCUUGUUGUGAUUAUUAUUAUUUUUAUUUAAUUGCAUUUUGUAUUGUUUAACAACUUCUUUAAUUUAAGUCUUUGUAGAAACUCUAGAUUUGUACAUAUUAGGUUUUUUGGAGGAAAAAAGAAAAAAGAACAGAAACAAAAAAGACAGUUUUCGUUUUACGGCCUUAUUUUUCACGCUUAGAUCUGACAAAUGAGUUUUUUUUGUUUGUUUGUUUGUUUGUAUGAUUUUCCUUCAGCAAAUCCUAGCCGGCAUUUCAAUGUGUGUGUUUUAAACACUGCCAAAAAUCCAGACAGUUGAUUUUGCCAGAGCCAACAAAGUCAAACAGGAGCUACUUUGUUGAUCAGCUGGUGAAAAAAGCAGUGUGUACGUGUGUAUUAAUGUUUUUUUUUUCUAUUCCUUUUUGAAUACAGUUACUUUAUGAGUAUUGCUGCACAUCCAAAGAUUUUUAAAACAAACCAAAAAAAUUGGAGAAAAAACGUUUGUUUUGUUUUUUAGGAAAAGCACUGGCGUUUGUAAAGUUGUUGAGUUUUUAUUUGCCAUUCGCACGGUUACAGAAUGUAGAAGGCGUAGGGCUCUGUAGACAAGCUGACUCUACCGUGUGGGGAAUCUCCUGUACAAUCUGAAGCAUUUGAGUGAAAAAAAAAAAAGCGUGGGCUGCAAGCCUUGCUCACUUUGCUGUCUCAUGCACAGAGUGAAGUGGAGCGGAGGCAGGGCAGCCGGUCUGCCGGGGGCCGUGCCACGGAGCUGGGUCUGUUUUUAUCACCGUGGCUCGCCGCCUCCCUCCACCUAGUAUCUGUUCUUUUGGUACGUACUCGUGGAAUGACUGUAAGCAAAGUCUAACAAACUGCAGAGAACCCUACCAAGAAAUCCAUGUGUGAGUGUGUGGGGGGUUCUAACAUUUUGGACUGCUUCUUUUUAAAAAAAAUUUAUGUGAACCCAGAAUUCAGGUUCUGCUGAGGUUAGGGAGUUUGUGUCUCAUCAUCUGCAUGCAUCUCUUUACUGUUUUUUUUAAUCUUAUUAUUUUAUUGUUGGUUAAAUGUGUUCGCUCUGCAUGCAUGUGGCUGAUUGGUGGACAUAGGGUUCUCAGAGCUGUCAGCAGCUGUCUCGGCCUGAAUCCAAAUACCAAAAUGUCCAAAUCAGACUAAAUCAGGAUGAUGUGCUGACGUCGUGUUAUUAGGUGGAAAGGUAGUUACAUUUAGCUUAAAAAUUUGUAUUUAAGACGUUGGAUGCAAAAUGGACUUUUUUUUUCUUUUAUCAGGUUUUGUUUUAUUUAUUCUGUCUCAAAGGAGUUCCCAUAUGAUGGGUAGCUUGGCUACAAGUCUCAUAACAAUACUGCAGCGCCUACGACAAUCAUCUGGGUCUCUUACGCUGGGGAACUAGUUUCUCACCCGCAGAGGGGUGUCCUCGAGCUAUUCAUACACAAAGAUGCUUGAAAGGUUUUGAUAAACAAGCAUUUUUGUCAUCAGAUUACAGCCAAAGGUGUUUUGCGGGGGGUGGGUUUAUUUUGCACUUGUGUUUCAAAAUGACGUCUCAUUGGUCUGGUCGGCCUUGUUCUCUUUCUUUUGGCUUCCUUAUUAACACACAGUGGCUCUUUGAUUUGUCAGUUUCUGAAUGUGUAAGCACGCGUGUGCGUGUGUGUGUGUGGGUGUGUGUGUGUGAGUGCAUGUGUGCCAGAGAGGCGAUACUUGCCUGUGUUACUCUCACAUGUAUAACUCCAUGUCUCAUGGUUUGAUUUGUCAUCGCUGUUUCCCAGGCUUUACUACUGCUUUCUCAGUGCCGUGCAAUAUCAUCUGUUGUGAUUGCUAAGCAAAAAAGAAAAAAAAAGAAGAAAAAAGAAAGAAAAUUGAGGAGCAAGUGAUGAUGUCAUCCAGCUUUUUUCUUUUUCUUUUCAGUGUUCAAAUGUUUCAACAUUUCUGUAGUCACAAAAAAAGGUAGAAAAUAAACUGUUGGUAUUUCCAA